UGUUGUAAAGCUAAAACGGAAGAAAUAAGGAAGAUGUUGCACAAAAAAUGUUGAACAAGGAAGUUUUAGGAGCAAAAUUGAACUAUCUCCAAGUAGGGAACAUAAAUUUCAUGUAAGAAAAUUGCUAUCUAAUAUUUGACUGAAUGAAAAUGACAUCGCAUAGAAAUAUAACACAAUUCAUUGAGAAGAAUGUAUGCAGAAAUGUGUUGGAUGGACUGUGGACACCGAAUGAUAAUGAAGAGCAGUCCAUAGAAUUUAUUUACACAAAUUCAUUAAUGGAACUACAAAGUAAUGAAAAUGUGAAAGAGAGCACUAACAAAACAUCAAAAUCUUUUGAUCAAACAGUUGAAGGUGUAAAAAACUUUCGUAAAGAAAAUUCAGAUGAACAACCUUUUUUGAAAACUGGACAGCAAGAACUUCCUCGUGAUUGUGAAGUUGAAAAGAAAGAGGAACCCAGCGUAGGUAUAAUGGCAGACAUAGAUGACAUAGACUAUUUUGAUAGCGAUGAAGAGUUAAUGGAAAAAAACGAUGUGAACUAUGCCGAAAAAGACUUGCAAUUUAUCUUUGAUGGAGUGAUCACGAAAGCCGACUCUAGUGAAGGAAGAUAUAGUGAAGGUUUAGACACAUAUAAAAACAUGCCGAUUUAUAAAAGAUCAAUACAGAAGUUUGCCAGUGAUAACGGUUUUGAAAUACAUGACAUUAUUCCUGACGGAAACUGCAUGUUUCGGUCGCUUUCUGACCAGUUUAUGAUAAAUGGAUGCAUGGGGUGCAGCGCAGAACAUCUACGAUAUGUUGCCGUUCAAUACUUAAGGGAACACCCAUUUAUAGAGGAAAGUCAUCAUAGACAGUCUUUUCUGUGUAAAGAAACUUGGGAUGAUUAUCUCCAACGAAUGUCAAAGGACAAAGAAUGGGGAGAUCAUCUAGUUCUCCAGGCUGUCGUUGAUGCUUUCGACAUCCAUAUCACUGUAAUUAAUGUUUUUCAGUAUGAUGUUAGACGAACAAUUCUUCAACCAGAGUCUAACGCUAAAAGAAGACGCAUACGUAUUUUCCUUGGACACAUUGGAGAAUUCCAUUAUUUGAGUCUGCGACCAAGGGACUGGCGCCAUCAAUGGCCUUUUAAAUCAAUUCUGUGCAGAAUACUUGCUUGUUCUCGACACUUCUCCCCGUCAGCAAGACUAGACAUUAUAAGAAACAAAUUUGGAGAAAUCAAAGCGGGUAAAACACUGUCGGAAGAAGAAUAUACAGACAGAAUCGGAACUCACACUGAAAAUUUCCGCACAAACAGUACCGAGUCCACGGAUUGUUUUGAAGAAAAUCAUGGAGAUAAUAUGUACCUUGAAAUAUAUUCUAUAAAUGAGUCAGAACUCCAAGCAACGUCAGAAACUACAGUUAGCAGUUUAUUAGAUCCAAUGAAUAUAGAUGAUGUUACCGGGAUUCCGUUCUUCCAUCUUUCUUAUAUAUUUAAACAACUUUUUCUAAACCGUCUCAUUAACCCGUACAUAGGGAUGAAUGUCCCGCUGUUGUACCAUAAUGUGUGUAUCGUAUUUCUCGGAUCAAAUGCAACAGGAAUGGAUGUUUAUUUAAAAGAUAUAAGCAAAUUGCAAGAAAAAAGGGAUUUUUAUAACACCCAUCGCCAAAAACAAGUGCUCUCAGCUGCCAUUUGCCCGAAAGAUAUUCUUGUUAAACAUACUGAAGGUAGCCGUUACCCUAAAGUAUCCUUUUAUGCUGACUCUUCCAGGACACAUUCAGGUUAUAGUCACAUUAAGGUUCCAUAUAACGAAGUUGUGACGCCUGGACAAGAGGUUGUAAAAAGGGACAAUGAAAUCUAUCUCAGAGAUUUAAAUAUACCAACAGCCCCUCCAAACUUAAAUCUUCCCAAAAACAUCAGUGUGAAAUAUAUUAGUUUGUUGUGUGACACAUUCCCUCCACAUGCACAGGUAUGGAUGAAACGAGAGCGACAAUUUUCUUUCCCUUCGGAAAGGCUUGUGCAACGAAUUCUAAGUCGGAGAUGUUUAUUAAUAAAGAAAGCACACCCACAGAGUAGAGAUCCAGACAUUGAGUGGAAGUACGAUUUUUCAUUAGCUGAACAAGAGAUGUUCAUGACUGGACUGACCGAACAUCAAAUAUAUGGAUUCCAUGUGUUUAAAGUCCUUACUGAAAAUGCAACAUUUCAUAUGUCAAAAAAAUUAAAAUAUAGCCAUUUGAUUGCUGUAUAUUUCAAAGCUUUGGAAGAUAUUCCUGUUGAAUUGUGGGAAACAAAUGUCAGUGGGUGUUUGCUCUUUGUCACAAGCUCCUUAGUAGCCCGUUUAAAAGCAAGGCAUCUUCCUCACUAUUUCAUGUCUUCGUUUAAUCUUAUAGAGAGCUUUUCACCAGAGGAGAUCAACGAGAUCUGUGUAAAUAUUGAAUGUAUCCGUAUGUUUCCAUUGACUGUUAUACAAAUAACAGCUGAAAACCAUGGUUAUAAUUUUGCUGAAAAUUUGAUAAGGAUGGUUCUUAAAGACUGCAAAGAUUUUAAAGAAAACAGAGAUUCGAUAACAUUAUUCACCGAAGCAUUUAUGCCAGGAACUGUCGGUUCCAUGAAGGUGUACACCAGGCUUGGUUUUUACAACAGUGCAUUAGAUAUUUUCAGAUACCUCUAUGAGCAGAUGCUCUUUCUUCGAAUGUCGGACGGUAGCUGUGAAAUUCCUAGUUGUCUGGAUACAUUUGAGAAAAUAUUAGAAAGCUUUCACCAAAGAUCUACUCGUAUCAUUCUUGCAAGAUUAUUUGACAAAAAAUUUGCAACUAAUAUUUUAAGCAAAGUCGUCGAUAAGCGUGCAACAUUUGCAAAAGAUAUCCUUCCCUGGAAACCAUAUUUUCAAAUGGAAUGGAUGGAAAUUCCAAAACAAAUGGAUACUGACUUAAACUCGUUGGCAGAUUAUUUCUUUUCUUGUAGUAUAAAAGAAAGUGAUAAAAGAAAUAGAAUCCUUGCAACUGUAACAUUAGAGACAGCUAUAGCUUGUGUGCAAAAAUCUAUUGAAAUGGAUGCAAUUAAUUGUGAUGAAAUAGAAGACCAAAGUCUGAAAGAAGAAAUAACAGCUCAAAAAGAACAGCAUUUGUUAGUCCUCCGUGGGAAGCUGCGCGAGUUUUACAUUUCUCUUUAUGAUAUUUCACUGCUGUUCUUAACAUUUUCCCCCUUAGAUAAACACAUGAAUGAGAUUGAAAAACUAUGCAUCGAGCUACCAGAAAUGGCACAUUAUGCCAUUAACAUGUUUACAUAUUUGAAAAAUGAAGAAAAAGCUAACGAGUACAGACAAAAAAUUAUAACGAAAAAAGAUAGCGAUAUGAUAACACAUUAAAUUGUUUUUAAAAAAAGGAUGAAACCUGAUCUACCCCCGCCUUCAAGAACAGACAUUUUGCACUGUAGGUAAAAUGCAGAUGGUAAAAAGUGAUCAGCUUGAAUAUGCAUUUUUAUAUUGCAGUCCUAAUUUAAAGGAAGAGAAUUGAACUAUAUGAUCAGGAAACGCUAUGUUUUAGAGGUCCAUGGUUGCCUAUUCAUUGCUCUUAUUUACGAAAAUAUCGCUGUCUAUACGGAAUAGAAAAAUGCUUUCUAAGCUUUAUUUCCUUGUCUGUUUGAAAAUAUGAAUAUCACACGUAUAUGAAUAUACCAUUGUAAAUUAAUGAAUACCAUGUGGAAUUUCUCUUUGCAUGCUCUAUAUAUUGCCCUACUGGUAGCUCAAUAAUGCUUAUUCUUUAGUGCUUGUAACUUACACAUUUCUUCGUGCUUUAGAAUUUCCCUCCAUAUCUGCAUUCUAGCAUCACAAAUAUAUGUUAUUAACUUAUCACUAUAAAAGAUAUAUCUUGCAGAUAUCUUUCCUUAUCAAAAAAUUGCCAUUGGGUACUUCAUUUCUAGGAUGUUCUCCUUCAAAUUGUACUUAUUCAACUUUGCAGACAAAUUAUAAUCAAUCCACUCGUUAUCUUAUAAAUGGUUAUGAAAUUUUAUGUUUUCCUGUUAUUUUCAAUAUAACUUUUCUCCUUUUCCUAAUUUUUG